CAGGCGCCCCCCCCCGCCCCCCACAAGCUCUACAUUCUUAAUCAACUGCUGAUGUAACUGCUCGGGGCUUGCUAUGAAGUUAGCAAGACUGUUCUCUCUGAGGCAACGAUGUCAUCAUAAUUAGAGGAGUGAGUAAAGUUCUAGAAGAGAACUUCUAGCAGUGAUGGCAGUGAUGGCUUCAGGGAAAGACACUUGUCCUAUCUUACCUAAGCUUGCCAACAGCUGUUCGGAUGAGAGUUCAUAUAAGCCUUCUAAUAAGUGUAAUGAGGUUCAUUUGCCACGGUUUUCAUUAAAGCAAGGGAUGAUCCCAAGACGUUACAUUAUGCCUUGGAAAGAAAACAUGAAAUUCAGGAAUAUGAAUCUGAAGCGUGCAGAAGUGUGUGGGAUCCACGCUGGCCCUUUAGAAGACUCUCUGUUUUUGAAUCACAGCGAAAGGCUUUGCCAUGGGGAAGAUCGGGAGGUUGUCCUGAAGAAAGGCCCGCCAGAAAUAAAAAUUGCAGAUAUGCCUCUGCAUUCACCGCUCUCCAGAUACCAAAGCACUGUGAUCUCCCAUGGCUUCAGGAGGCGACUGGUCUGAGGCUAAGCUGGAAUUCCUACUCCAAGCUGCAUAAUUCAAGUAAUUGUCUCACCCAGAGUCUCAAAUUCAUCAGAGGAAUGUCUCAUCUUCCCUGCUCUUUUCAUUUUGGGCCUACUUUUUUCUCCUGGCCUUGCCUCUUCCUGAAAUUAUCUAAUACUGAUAAAUAUCAUA